AUGGCAUCCCCACCCUCUCUGAUACAUCUAGACGGCACAACUCUCGAAGGUGGCGGCCAACUCCUCCGAGUAGCCCUUGGUCUUUCGAGUCUUACCAGAAAGCCGAUACACAUUACCCAGAUCCGAGGCAGGCGCUCUGGUGGCGGAGGACUGAAAGCUCAGCACCUGACUAGUGCCGAGUGGCUAGGCCGAGCCAGCGAGGCGAAGAUCAUUGGUGCAGAGCUCAAGAGCAAGGAGAUUGUAUUUACUCCAGGAGCUGCUCUUCAAGUUAAUAAUUUAUCAAACGCUAGUGAGGUGCAGAUCCGACAGACGACUCCUGGAAGCGUCAAUCUGGUAUUGCAAGCUAUCCUACCAUACAUCCUCUUCUCUGGCGUCGAACAUCCAAUCCGAGUCCGCAUAGAGGGAGGAACCAACGUCUCCAAUGCACCCUCGAUCGACUACAUAACUCAAGUUCUUAUCCCAAUGCUCCAGUUGAUCGGCAUACCACAUAUCGCCAUCGCUGUCCACUCGCGCGGCUGGUCACAAGGCAGCGCAGCCAUUGGCAGCGUCACAUACACCAUCACACCUCUGCAGGCCAGACAACCAGGGUUCCAGCUAACCGAGAGAGGAGACAUUGUCAGCAUAACUGCAACGAUCAUAGCACCGCGGCAUACCGAACGUCAGUUUCGCGAGGAGUUGGACAACAUGUUUGAGCGACGAAUACUCCGCUGCCUUGGCAGUAAUGCCAGUAAUGCAGAAAUAGAUACUACCAUCACAUUCGAGAACUCACAUCACGAGAAGAGAUAUUAUCUUCUCCUUGUAGCGACAACAUCUACUGGCAUGAGAAUUGGUCGCGAUUGGCUCUAUGAUCGCGGUUUCAAGUCCGGCCUUCUCGAGCGCAUCGUUCCCGGUAUGGUGAAGAAAGUGUCUGAUGAUUUGAUGGCAGAGAUUGAGCAUGGAGGAUGUGUGGAUGAGUAUUUGAGGGAUCAGCUGGUUGUGUUUCAGGCGCUUGCUCGAGGGGAAAGUCGGGUUUAUGGGGGAAAGAAGAAAGAUGGGGGGUUGCUGGAGCCGAGUCUGCAUGCAAAGACUGCUAUGUGGGUGGCGAAAGAGAUACUUGGGGUGAAAUUCGAUGGAGAGAGUGUAUGUGAGGGUGUGGGGUACGCACCUACUGUUGUGAAUGUGGUGGGAGACGAUAUGGCAAGGAGUUUGGAGGCGUUAGCUGUUUCCUCGUAA